AUGUCGCAACAACUCUGUAGAUACUAUCAAAAUGGCUCCUGUCAUUUUGGCUCAAACUGCCAAUUUGUUCAUCCUGGAGAAACUCGUCUUCCGGCCUCAUCUGGCGCGAAUGGUUUUGGUAACACAUUUGGAGCUACCCGUCAAAUAGGCUAUGGAAACAAUAAUACUGGCGGCGGAAUCCAGUCAAAGUUAGGUGAAGGCUUUAAUCUUCCGACCCAAGACUCCAUCAAGACGGAUUUGACGGAGCGACCAACAUGGCCACUCUCUAGCUAUGCCCCCGGAAAAGACCCGCCUUCACAACUUAUCGAUGGAAAAGAUAUAUCGCCCGAAGAAGCUCGAGUUUUAGCGUACAAGUGUAGAGCAGAUGGAAACCCUGGUGCUUAUGAAGCAGAAUGGCAAAGAUUAACUUCAGAAGCCGAUGGCCAAAUCAAAAAUAUCUUAAACGAUCUUCCAGGAGCUGUGAAUUUUAUGAAGAAGGCUUAUGAAAACAGAGCCAGCUCACGCUACAACUCGAAUAAUGCACCCCCAUCAACCUUCGGCACCACGGCCUCCCAAACAUCGCCCUUUGUGAACUCGGGUCAAACUACUUCUACUUUCGGUCAACCAGUACAACCAACAUCUGCUUUUGGCCAACCGUCACAGCCAUUAUCCCCCUUCGGCCAACCGUCACAAUCAAUUUCCACAUAUGGUCAAACAUCUCAGCCAGUCUCUGCCUUUGGUCAACCGCCACAGCCAAUUUCUGCCUUCGUUCAACCGUCACAGCCUACUUCUUCCUUUGGUCAGGCGCCACAAUCAACGUCUGCGUUUGGCUCCCCUUCACCUUUCUCUGCUCGUCCAACUCCAGCAUUUGGACAAAGUGCAUUUGGCCAACCCUCACUUUCACUUACACCUGCCUUUGGUCAACCAGCCUUUGGUUCAGUUGUGCCCUCUGCCCCUCAGCCCCAAAAUGUGUUCAGUCAACCGGCAUUCGGUCAGCCAGCUCUUCCUAAGCCGGCGUUUGGUCAGCCAGCAUUCGGUCAACCGGCGUUUGGCCAACCCGUAGCUCUAGGGCAAUCCUCUUCCUUCGGGGCUCAACCCUCUGCUGCACAGCCUUCCGCGUUUGGACAACCUACCACACAGCAGCCGAUAUCUGCUUUCGGGCAGCCUUCCCCUUUUGGGACAGGAAGUGCAGCUAAGCCUGCCUUUGGCCAACCUGCUUUUGGACAACCAGCUAUUCCCCAAAGCUCGCCGUUCGGGACUUCUAACGCUGCCCCGCAAGGGCAACUCCAAAACCCGCCGCCAUUUGGGCAACCUCUGCAGACUAACCCUGCGAAUACGCCCUUUAGUCAACAGGCCUCUAACUCAAAUAUUGGUCCGACAGCAAGUGCCUUCCAACAGACUUCUACUUCUCCUUUCUCAACUGUCAAUCCAUUUCAAGGUCAGCAAGCUACUACUACUGAAAAGGCACAAUCAACAUCGGCAUUUGGUCAGCCACAGCACCAAGCACCUGCUUUUGGGCAACCUAUCACUCAUGUUUCUACUUUUGGGACUCCCGGGCAGCAAAACCCAUCGUCAUCUAAUAAUCUGAACCAUUUCCAAACCGCGCAACAGCAGGUACAACCAAUAAGUCACCAGGUUAACCCCCAACUACGUGAAGCGCAGAAAACAAAAAAAUGGGAUGAUCCCAUCAUCGACUAUCUGCGAGUAGAGAUUGAAGCCUUCGCAGCCCCGACCUUCACCCUCGGAAGUGUGCCCACUGUGGCGCCAAGUAGGGAUAUGUGUUGGGCGUAA